AUGCCGCUCUUACUUUAUUUAAGAUUAUUUUUUACUAUACCCGAGAUAGCCUUGAAUAUUUUAGGCACUUAUUGGUCAUUUGAUGAUAGUCGGCAUUGCCCAGAUGAAGAUAUCAUUAUCGUUAAAGUCGCUGUGAUAACCAAUUGGUGCCUGCUUGCUUUUGGAAUUAUUUUCACCUAUUGUGUAUUUGAUCCAUUGGGAUCAGUUAAACGAGACGGUAAUCUGGAUCCAUCAAUUAGUUACAAAUUAGCUCAGCAAGUAUGGGAAACAAGAUGUCGUCAUUUGUGUUGCUGCAGUAGAGUUAAUGACAGUAAUCAAGCAAUCUAUACAGAUUUAGCGACCAUCUUCGCUACCUUUUUCAGAAAUACAAAUACUGUACCUACGGAUGUUGCAGCCGGUUUAUUCUUAUUACAACAACGACAACGGUAUGAUGAAAAAUAUAUUCUACCAUGGAGAGGAACGCAAGUGAUCCGAAAGCAAUUUACUCCAGCUAGAAGAAUGGAUUUGAGCAACAAGGAUGAAGAGAAUAUUCUUCAAGACAUUUCCUAUUAUAUUCAUUAUGCUGAUGCUGCCUAUGGUUGGCCAUUAUGUGUUCUACAGCAUUUUCUAACAGCUCCUUGCAAACUUGUACCAAAAUAUAGAUGUUGCUCAUGUGCGCGUCCGCUACGCAAUUCUGGCACGAUCAUUAUAAAUGAUAAUUGUUGUGAGUGUAAUUACGCCGCAUUAAAGUUACAAAGUGGAUUUGACGAUGAGGAUAUUAUUGUUGCAUCAUAUUGUAACGAUCUAUACGAGCUCCCGUUUUUUGUCGCCUAUGACCACUGCAAGAAGAAAGUUAUAUUAGCAAUCCGUGGGACAAUGUCUUUAAAUGACGCAAUAACAGACUUAUUAGCGGUGCCAGCAGAGUUAGACAUUCCUGGAUAUCACGAUACAUCUGGCCAUAAGGGUAUGUGUGAAUCUGCUAAAGUAUUAAAGGAGAAAUUAAAAAGCCAAAAAUUAUUAGAGCCUGCAUUCAACGAGCAUCCGGAUUACGAUUUGAUUAUUGUUGGACAUUCGUUAGGAGCUGGUGUAGCAGCAAUACUAUCCAUUUUAAUGAAACCAGAUUAUCCUAAACUACGAUGUUUUGCGUAUUCUCCGCCUGGCGGACUCGUUAGUCUUGAACUUUCAAAAUACGCACGAGAUUUCGUCAUCUCGGUAGUCACAGGAUGUGAUUUAGUAACGAGGGUUAGCCUUCAAAAUAUGGAAGAUUUAAGAAACAAAUUACUAUUGACUAUUCGAUCAAGUCGAAUUCCCAAGUAUAAAGUCUUUUUGGCCGGCUGCUGUUGUUGCUCCAAUUAUAUGUCACAAGACAGAGAAGAUCGUGAGGUCAAUGUAGAAGUUGCAGAUACAAAUGAAGAUAUUGAUGAUCCGGGAAAAGAAGAAAAGAAAUCCAUUUUACCUCUCAUUACCCAAGAUGAGGACGACGAAGAUUUUUUCAAUGAAUUUAACGUCAAGACAUUAGUAUCCGCUAAACUGUAUCUACCUGGUCGGAUUGUCCACUUAGUAAAAGAGACUACAAACAAUCAAUAUAAUACUGACCAGUACCAUGCCUAUUGGAAUUAUCCGGAAAACUUUAAUGUUAUAAAGGUUGAAAGCACCAUGAUUUCAGAUCACAUGCUUGCAGCUUCGAUGGCAAUGUUGAAUAAAAUUAAACAGCAAAUUUCGGUUAAGGAAGAGUUGCCAAGCUAA